AUGACGACUGCAGGAAAGAUCCCGAGCAUGUAUGCGCUGGUCGUCGUCGGUAAUGGAAGCGGUAUUGCCGGAUACGGAGAGGGCAAGGAUGAUGAGGUCGCUAGAGCGGUCAGGAAAGCGACCAACAGGGCCAUGAGGAACUUGACGGCGUUUGAUCGGUAUGAUGACAGGACGAUUUAUCACGAUAUCGAUCAUAAGUUCCAUGCCACCAAGAUUCAGUUCCGUUCCCGACCACCAGGUUUCGGUAACCGCUGCAACCACUAUAUUCACGAGAUCUGCUCCUGUAUCGGAAUCCUGGAUAUCAGCGCCAAGGUCUGGGGCUCGCGUAACCCCAUGAACGUCAUCAAGGCGACCUUCGAGGCAUUGGGAUCGAAGCAGAAGUUGCCCGAGGAUAUUGCUCGUGGUCGUGGAAAGCGUGUUGUCGAUGUUCAGCACACUUAUUAUGGCGCCAGCGAGUAA